AUGACUUGUCAGUCGCCACAUUGUCAAGAUGACUCUCGUGAGCGGCUCGCUAGUCAAGGCAAUGCUACGACCUCGACCACCCCGAACCCGUCGAGCUCGGAUGACCAGGACAGCUCGCGGGACUCUCCAUCCGCAUCGCCCAUGAAAUCAAAACGGCCAAGCUUUCGCGGCGGUCCGUCUGGUCUCGGCAGACGAACCAGUUCCACGACGAGUAUUCUCAAUCUGAACCACUUGCUGCCCACGCGGGAGGACCACGGCGCCGACACGUAUGGCGUCGGCGAGGUGCGCGACGGCUUCUUUGACGCCGUCUUUCUCCAAGCCGCCCGUCUCCCCUCCAACGAUGGCCUCGCGGCUCUCAAAACGACCCUGCCUGCCGCCUAUGACUUGCACCAUCCGCUCACGAUCAGGCACUUUUUCCCGAACCAGUGGCGCGAGCUCAAGACGGUCGUCCGGCAGGUGUUGACCACACAUGCUGGCAUCAAGCUGCUCAAAGCGUUCUUGGCGUACUUGAUUGCUUAUAUCCUCUGUCUUGUGCCAGCUGUACACCACUGGCUGGGCCACCAAUACUACAUCAUGGCAGUGUCCGUCAUUCUCAACCACCCAGCGCGCACUGUCGGUGCUCAAGUCGACGGCGUGGUGCUGACCGCUUUGGGGACUGCUCUUGGGAUAGCCUGGGGUGCGCUGGCGCUGCUUUUAUCUACAUCAACGCGCGCCGCCAGCGCUGGCUAUGGUGGAAUUCUGGCGCUUUUUCUCGUCGUCUUCAUCUCUGGCCUUGCGUGGGUUCGUGCAUUCUUCAUCAGGUUUUACCAAGCGGUGCUUACCGCUGGCGUCUCGCUCAUUUACACGACGCUCUCCGAAACACGUGGGACAAUGAUUUCCUGGCCGAAGCUGCAAGGCUAUGCUGUCUCCUUUCUCCUGGGCCAAGCCAUUGCGCUGGCCGUCAAUAUUGUGAUUUGUCCCGACGCAGGCGCCCGGCCGCUCGCACUGACAUUGCACCGAUCGCUUCAGCUUAUGCAGAAAGCCCUUGAAAACCCCCAUGCAAGAGAUACAAGGCUCCGGAGGCAGCUAUCGAAAAACUUUGUGGACCUGUCGGAAGCAUACCGCGACAUGGUCAUUGAUAGCACAGUGUCGCGCUUUCUGCCAGAAGACGUGCUCGAGCUGCGGAACCUGAUGCAAGCCGUGCUGCGUGCCCUUUUAUCCAUGGACACUGAGACGAACCUCUUAAACACGGCAAAAAACAGCAAGACAAACGACAGCGAGGAGGGCCAGGAACCCGGCCACAACGGCAAAAACGUACUCGCAGACAAUGUGACGGAAGCGUUGGCGCCGCCUACGCGGGAUCUCGUUGUCUGCAUGCGCGACGCCAUUCUCGGAUGCGACGCCGCUCUCAUGGAUAUUUCGGGCUACCGAAAGUCCACCGGCCCGUCAAUCGACGUCUCAUCCGACACAGAAGCUCUGACAGCUCGCCUGCGACAAGCCGUCUACGACUUGGACACCAUCGAGUCCUCCCUCUUGCAGUGCGGUCGUUUCCCCGCCUCAGCCGUCUACGACUCCGACAUUGUGCAGCUCUUCGUCUUCGCCCGGCACGUCGGCGCGACCGCGACCGCCGUGCAGCGUCUCCUGCACCACGUCACCUCGAUGCAGCAGUCCGCGCCGCCGCGGCCGCGCCUCAGCCUCCCGUCCUACCCCUUCGCCAAAGCCAUCUACCGCACCAACGCCCAAGUCCGGCACGACCGCGGCGGCGUCGUCGCGGGCUCCUACGAGGUCACCUUUGGCGCCAUGGCCCGGCUGCUGGACACAAUCACCUCGCGCGCCCACAAGCCUGCUGCCGGCCGCCGCGGCCCCGAGGCGGAGGCGCAUCUCACGCCCGCCGCGUCCAACAACACCACCACCACCACCGGCACGCGCACCGACGGCAGGCUCAAGACGGCGACGCGGUAUCGCAUCUGGCGCGCGCUGUACCAGCUGCAGGGCGUCGAGAGCAAGUACGCGCUCAAGGCGUGCCUGGUCACCGCCCUGCUCGCCGUGCCGUCGUACCUCGACCGCAGCAAGGGCUGGUGGGACCGGUACGACGGCUGGUGGGCCGUCGCCAUGAGCUGGGUCGUCAUGCACCCGCGCGUCGGCGGCAACUUGCAGGACCUGCUCAACCGGUCGUGCCUCGCCGUUCUUGGCGCCGCGUGGGCCGCCGCCGCGCACGCCGCCGGCCGCGGCAACCCCUACGUCAUGGCCGUCUUCGCCGCCGUCUACAUGCUGCCCAUGCUCUACCGCUACACGCUGAGCGCCCACCCGCGGUCCGGCCUCGUCGGCAGCCUGUCGUUUACCGUCGUCUCUCUCAGCCUCGUCUCCACGCCGACCGCCGCGGCCGUCUCCUGCCGCGGCCUCGUCUUCCUGGUCGGCACCGCCGCGCCCAUCCUCGUCAACUGGCUGCUGUGGCCGUUUGUCGCGCGCCACGAGCUGCGCGCCGCCCUGUCCUCGAUGCUCUUCUUCAUGAGCGUCACCUACCGCAGCACCGUCGCCACCUACGUCUACGCGGCGGCGCAGGCGGCGGCACCCACCGCCGACGACACCACCCGCUCCGAGCUCCUCGAGGGCCGCCUGCGCGAGGGCUUUGUGCGCAUCCGCCAGCUGCUCGUGCUCACGCGCCACGAGAUGCGCUUGCGCGGCCCGUUUGACCCGCUCCCCUGGUCCGCGCUCACCGAGGCUUGUGAGCGCUUCUUUGAGCACCUCGUUGCCGCGCGGCAGGCCGCCGCCGCGCUGCGGCGACACGAGGACCGGACACCGGUGGAGGGACAGGCUGCCCUGCUGUCGUACCGACGUGACGCCGUCGCCACCGUCCUCGCCAACCUCUACGUCUUGGCCGGCGCGCUGCGCGCACGCCGCAGGGUGCCUCGGCACCUUCCCAGCGCGGCCGCCGCGCGCAAGGCUCUGCUGGUGCGGUCUGACGCGGUCGAGGCGGACAUGCUGGCGCGAGAAGCGGCGGCGGCGGCGGACGGGGAGGCGCUACGCAAGCUCGACACGCACCGCAAGUGGAGCGACAUUUACCGCUUCUCGUACAAGCAGAGCCUGACAGGCUGCAUCGUGCAGCUGGAGGAAAUGGAAAAAUAUACAAAGCUCAUUGUGGGCGAGCAAGGGUUCGAUGAUCAGUUUAGCAUGUAA